GAGCCGGGCAGCGAGGGGGAAGCGAGGCGGCGGCGAAGCAGCUGGGAGCCGGCGUGUGCGCCCGCGGCCCAUCCCUCUGAGCGCAGGCGUCCAAUCAAAGCAGCAGCCAUGAAAGAUCCGAGUCGCAGCAGUACCAGCCCCAGCAUCAUCAGCGAGGAUGUGAUCAUUAAUGGGCACUCUCAUGAAGAUGACAACCCCUUUGCAGAGUACAUGUGGAUGGAGAAUGAAGAGGAGUUCAACAGGCAGAUUGAAGAGGAGUUGUGGGAAGAAGAGUUCAUCGAGCGCUGCUUCCAGGAGAUGCUGGAAGAAGAGGAGGAGCACGAAUGGUUCAUUCCAGCCCGUGAUCUCCCACAGACAAUGGAUCAAAUCCAGGACCAGUUCAAUGACCUUGUUAUCAGUGACAGCUCAUCACUGGAGGAUCUGGUGGUCAAGAGUAACCUGAAUCCAAACGCAAAGGAGUUUGUCCCUGGGGUGAAGUACUUAAACAUUUGAGUAGACUGGGCCCUCUCUUGGUGGAUGUAGCACAAUUUCCACACUGUGAAGCCAGUAUUAGAAGAUUUAAUUGUUUAAAAAGCUCUCUCUUCUUGUCACUGUGUUACACUUAUGCAUUGCCAAAGUUUUGUUAGUCUUGCAUGCUCAAUAAAAGUGCUGAGACUGUUACUAAA